CCUUGCACACGUGUAAAUCGCAAGGUUUAGGUAUGUCUACUUAUAUAUCGACCCUUUGUCCCUCUCUUCAGCAUUGCUGUCGCACCUGUCUGUGAGCCAACUUCCUUCGUUCACUGUUUGUUUUACGCCGCUCUCUUUCUUUCGCUCCGGUCACCGAACAUUGCGUUCAUGUUCAAGGACAACAACUCGCGAAGUUCCAUUACCAGCGACGAAAUUAGAUGGCUUGCUGCCUGUUCUACUUUUACCCAAGACACUUUACCCAGUCCUACCUCCCCAAUCCCUAUCCCAUCCAAGCGGUCCCGUUCACCGCCACCGGCUCCCGUUGGCAUCAACGAUUCCCUUACCCUGCUAAGAGCAAGGGGUAUGCCGCGUCGUAAUUACCAGAGAUCGACCAAGUGCAGCAGAGGCAAAGCGAUCCCGAAACUUAACGAAGAUGCUUAUCAAGCAGCAGAUCCAGACUGUUCUAGUCUGGAAUAUGCGGUUGCGCCACCAAGUCUUUCCACACCUCUUGCGGCUGCCUCGUCAUCUUCUCCAUACCUCAGGGCCGGUUCUCCCGCGUCUUCGCGAACGAAGGUGCCAAGAAACGGACGUACGACUCACGCUCUUCUCCUUGCUAACAGACCGAUUGAAGUUGACUUAUUUCCAAAUGUCAAUUCAACGCCCCCACGGAAGCAGGCAUCGAAACAUCGAGAAUGGAUAUACCGUAGCCCGAAGUCUUCAUCUGAUUCUCCGAAAUUUCAAUCGCGUAUUAACGUUAACCCUCGACCGCAUUCGCCUCUUCCGUCCCCUACAUCCGGACGUCCCGGGCCUUGUCUAGAACACAGGCUCCCUUCCGGCUGUCAUUCAAAUUAUCGAGCUUCGAACAGGGACACCAGAUUUUCGCCUCCCUCCCCGCCUUCCUCUUUCUGGUCUCCGCACCACUUACGUUCUCGUAUAUCUGAGGACGACGCGCUUGUGACCAGCAACAACGGCUACCCCCAGUGGGACAACUCUGAUUCUCGUCCAUCAUCCCCGCUUUCAUCCAAGUUGUCCUCUGGGUCUCAUCACACUACCGCAACAGAGCCGUUGCAAAGCCGGUCAGCGUCCUCGUCAACGAUAUCUACAUCAUCCUCGUCACGCCCACCCACGCCCAUAACUCCCACGUCUUUAUAUUCUUCAUCACCUUUGGAUAUGAUGCAAAACCCAUACCCUCCGAGAUCUAUCCUGACGACGAGCUCAUCUUCCACGUCCACCGAUAAACACUCGACAUCGGUCAUGGUCUCGCGACCACAUCAGAGUCGAAAACGGAGCGGAAGUAGCAAUAAAUCAGUCAAGUUUGUGGACAUGCCUACUGUUCACUAUGCUAGUAUCUGUCAUUCGGAAUUAAAUUGGGACUGGGCGACACCGGACGAGAACAGUGAUGCAGACGAGACGGAAUCGGAGACCGAGGAGGGAGGAGCAUACUCACCUAUGUUGGGGAGGAUUCUUGGGUUUGACCAAGAGGACGAUGAUGCUGAAGGCACAGAGUCUGAGUCCGUAACGGAUCAUGGAUGCCUCGAAGAAAGGAAAGACGAGACAGGGUCCCUGAGGCGGCUAGUCAGUCUGAAGCGUAGUUCUUCGUCGGCGUCUUCACGGUCCAUCAAAGCUCGUCCCUCGAUUUCUGGUCCUUUUGUGCUGGGAUCUCCACCUUCGGUAUCUACUAUACCUUCGCCGCCCGCGACAUUAACCAGGGCCGCAUCGAUUUCUCACUUGCGAAGCGCGCCUUCGUAUGAAAGCUUCCGGAGUGCCAGGAGCAGCGGCGGGAAGAGCGUUCUCAGUGCCAAGAGUCUGAGAAGCAUAUCCGGCAGCAUAAAAAGUAGUGCACGAGAGUUUCGCAAUUGGUUCAAGGUCAGGAGAAUGGCGGUCGUUGCGUAGCCCUUUUUUCCUUGGGUCGGUGGAUUUUUGGGCUCCCCCUCUAUUUUUAUGAUUUUAGAAGUAUGCAAUGUACGGCUUAUUAUCGGUGAAUGACGCGCUUGCUGUACUUUCCUCUUGC